CUUCGUCCAACUGCAGUACUGGGGAUGGAGUGGGCUCAGGGAUCCGAGGCCUGCUCCCAGGACGGGAGAGGGAAGGGUAAACGUCGCCUCGAUGCCAGCAAGGGAUUCGUAUUCCCUCCUAAAUUUGCCCACCCAGCGUCAUCUCUGCCACUCCAAGCACCAUUUCAGAGGUAACGGGCGGCGCGCGUCACCUCUGAGCCCACAGCUGCCUCAAGAAGUUGCCCUGGGGCCCCAGCAGUCGACGACAGGGCCCCAGAUUCGCCAUUAAACUCGCCCAGAUAAGCAACAAACAGUAAAAGCCGCGCAGCGCCGGGGAAAAGAAGAGCGAAGGAGGGGACCCAGCGGGGCAGAGGCAGCAGUCCUCGCCCGAAAAACCUGGGGACCUCGGCUCCGGCGGCAGGGUGGCAGCGCGGCCCUGAGAGCGAAGACCCGACCGGGGCGCCCCUUCCCCGACCCCCCCGCCCCCACCCCGCAGGAGAGAAAGCAAAAUGCCCCGCGACCUCCCCGAGCGGCCGGCACCCCCGCCCCGCCACCCCGCCGGCCCCGCCACCCCGCCACCCCCGCCGCUGACGACCGCCUCACCCAACCCUCCCAGCCUCGCCCGCGCUCUCCCAGCCCCUCGAGCCGUACGCAAAGGCGACGGUGACAGGAGCGCAGCCCCGAGCUGCCCCCGAGGCCCCGAAGCAGCAACGGCGUCGGCGGCCGCGCCGCGGGGUAUUAAUCCCGGGUCGGUGGGAGGCUCCGGAGGCUGCCCUCACCCAUCUCCGCCUCCCCAGUCACCUCGGCCUCCGCCGCCUCCUCCGGAGGCUGCGCUGCUCCCAGCCACCCCCACUCUCGGCGGCCCUGGACUGGAAAGACAGCGGGGGUCCUCAAUUACUCUUUGGAAAUAAAUGAAUUACAUGUAAUGUCAUCAUUUUAAUGACUGCUGUAAAUUACAAGCACUGAUUACACUGAGUUCGUGGAGAAGGGCUCCAUAGAGAAAAUUUAAAGGUCUGGCAAACUAAAUGGUAAGCUCAGUAGCCACUUGUCAUCUAUUUUCUGAUUAUCUUUUUCACAAUUUUUUGGCAUUGAUACUGUUCAAAGAUUAAAAUUGGGUAACAUUUCUUUUUCCUGAUAAUGGCAGGAAUAACAGGUUCAUGUCCCAGUGAAAACGCUCACCUCAGUAUGCUGCCAUGAUUUCAAGGGUUGUCGAAAAUUUAGGAAAAAAAAGUCUUCAUUGUUCAACAAGAUAGUGUCAUUUAUUGUAAAUCUUUUGAUAAUUCAGGACUCCCGGCUAAUAUAAAGUCACAGCAUUAUGACCAAGUCUAUGCAAAGGGGCCAGAUAGCCUGCCUUUGAAUCCUAACUUUAUUACUAGUAGCCCUGUGAUCAUCUUAACAGAUAAGUUACUUAAACUCUCUCAGCCUCACUUUUAUCAUUUUAAAAAUAUAACAAAUACCUAAGAAGAUUUUUUUUUUUUUUUUUGAGAAUUAAAUGAAUUAGCCGGGCACAACGGCCCACGCCUGUAAUCCCAGCUAUUUGGGAGGCUGAGGCAGGAGAAUCACUUGAACCCAGGAGGUGGAGGUUGCAGUGAGCCGAGACUGCACCACUGCACUCCAGUCCGGGCAACAGAGCAAGACUGUAUCUCAAAAAAAGAAAAACAAAAAACAAGUAAAAAAAGAAUUAAAUAAAUUAUCACACAUAUGACACUUAGAAUUCACCUGGCACAUUAAUUAAUAAAAGCUUGUAAAUUUUGCCUAUCAUUGUUAAUUCCCAAUCAGCACAGUAGUACACUAAGAAAAAAAAUUCUGGCCCGGCGCGGUGGCUCACGCUUGUAAUCCCAGCACUUUGGAAGGCCGAGACGGGCGGAUCACCUGAGGUCAGGAGUUUGAGACCAGCUUGACCAACAUGGCAAAACCCCGUCUCUUCUAAAAGUACAAAAGUAGCCGUGAGUGGUGGCGCAUGCCUGUAAUUCCAGAUACUCGGGAGGCUGAGGCAGGAGAAUCGCUUGAACCUGGGAGGUGUGGGGGGUGCGGUGAGCCGAGAUUGUGCCAUUGCACCCCAGACUGGGCAACAAGGGCAAAACUCCUUCUCAAAAACUAAAUAAAUAAAUAAAUAGAAGAAAAUUCUUCCAGCCUGGGUAACAUAGUGGGACCCAGUCUCUACAAAAAAUUUUAAAAAUUAGCCAGAAGUGGUGCAUGCCUGUAGUCCCAGCUACUCAGGAGGCCGAGGUGGGAGGAUCACUUGAGCCCAGGAGAUCAAAGCUGCAGUGAGCCAUGAUUGUGCCACUGCACUCCAGCAUCUGGGUGCCGAGUGAGACCCUGUCUCAAAAACAACAAAAAAAAUUGUUUAUAUUAAUUUAAUGACUUACUAAAGUAACAUCAGCACUUCUUACUAUUGUAAUAUGAAAAGAAAAUAUUUAAUUAUUGGAGUUAAUAUGUAAAAUAAACCAUGGAGGAAAUGUAAUUGGAACCA